AUGGAUGAAUUGUGUGAUAAAAUGACUUCCAUAAAUGUUACACCUCAUAUUAUUGUAACAAAUUAUGAACAACUAGAAUUAUUAUUAGAAUCUGAACCUGAACAAGUAUUUGAAUUUCUAAUAAAUAACAAUGACUUCAAACAUGUAUUGAAUAAAUGUGUAGAUAUUACAGUACUCAUACAUUUGAUGAAUAUAUUUUCAAAAAUUAAAUCAUUGCAAUUAAUUAAAAUAAAAUAUACUGCUUUAGAAAUGAUAUCUAAUUCAAAAUAUUUGGAACAUUUAAAUAAUUCUCUUAUUGAUAUUACCAAACUUAAAGAUUUAAUUAGUGGAGUCAAAUUACAAGAAUUCUUCAAAAACUGUAAAACUAUAUUAGAACUUACUGAAAAUCCAAAAUCAAAAGCAAUAUUGAACGAAAUAUUAACAUUUAUACAACCUAUAUUAAUUGAAUUAAAUUUAACAAACAUUCAAGAAUUAGUGUUGUUAAAUGAUGACUUAAAGACUGAUGAUAUGUUGAAAAAGUUUGUACAUUAUGAUGUUAAAAGGUGGCCACAAUGUUAUAAAUCUCUAUCUAUUUACCCUGUAAUUAAAGAUAUUACUGCAAAAAAAAUAAUUUUAAGUCCAAAUAUAAUGAAAGGAAAUUAUGAUAAUGUAGAGCAUUAUAUUGAUGUACAAUUUCGUUUACUUCGUGAAGAUGUUUUAGCUCCAAUGCGAGAAGGUAUUCAAUCCUAUAGAAUAAUGAACAAAAUUGACCAAAAAUAUGUUGUAAAAAUGCCAAAUAUGCAUAUUUAUUUUGGGGCAAAGAUUACAAAAAAGGAUAUGAAUAAAGAAACUUUUCUAGUGCAUUUUUUUACUAAAGAAGAUUGCUCAAUUAAUUCAAAAAGAUUUAUGUUUGAAUCACUAUUAGUAUUUAGUGAUGAUAAUUUUGAUUCCAUGUUUUUUGCUACAGUUAUAAAAAUAAACAGACAAAUAUCAUUACCUAUAAAAACUUUAAUAAUUCAACCUUUGGGUAAUAAAAUAUCAAUUAAAUUAAAUUCUUCUUAUACUAUGGCUGAAUCUGAUGCAUAUUUUUUACCUUACAUGUAUAGUAUGAAUGUUUUAAAAACAUUUAACCAUUAUAAUUUUCCUAUGAAAUCUUACAUUGUUUAUGGAAAAAGUAAAUCUGAAGUUCCAGCAUACUUAAAAUAUAACUCAAAAAAAUAUAAUAUUAAUGGUUCACAGUUUGAUAUCUUAAAUGAUAAACUUUGGCCAGAUAACAAGGUUUUAGGACUUGACUAUGCUCAGAGAAAGGCAUUUAAAGCAGCAUUAACUGAAGAAUUUACUGUAAUUCAAGGACCUCCUGGUACUGGCAAAACAUUCAUUGGUCUUAGAAUAGCCAGAAGUAUUAUAGAAAAUAUGUAUGUAACAAAUAUACUUAAAAGACCAAUUGUAGUUGUAUGUUAUACAAAUCAUGCCUUAGAUCAAUUUCUUGAAGGUUUAAUUCAUAUCACUAAAAAUAUUACAAGAAUUGGUGGUGGAUGUAAAUCUGUUGUUUUGAAAUCUCAUGUACUAGCAAAUAUUAAUAGUCCUACAUCAGAAUUACAUUUGAAGAAUUCAUAUGUAGUCGGUCUUACAACUACUGGAGCUGCUAUGAGACAUUCUUUAUUAUUGGAUCUAAAACCCCCUAUAGUUAUUGUGGAAGAAGCAGCUGAAGUCUUAGAAUCACACAUAGUUGCAUCUUUAACUGAGUACUGUCAACACUUAAUUUUAAUUGGGGAUCAUCAACAAUUGCGUCCAAGGAAUGCAUCUUUUACCCUUGCAAAACGGUUUAAUUUUGACAUUUCAUUAUUUGAACGUAUGGUUAAAAGUGGAUUUCCCUGUUAUACAUUAGCCACACAACAUCGAAUGCGACCUGAAAUAUCUGCUUUGAUGAAACCUAUUUAUCCUUUUUUAAUGGAUCAUAAAUCAGUUAAACAUAGAAGUAAUAUUGGCGGUGUUACUAAGAAUAUAUAUUUUAUCCACCAUAAAGUACCUGAAGAAAAAGAAAUUGGUUCUAACAGUCACAAAAAUAUUCAUGAAGUGAAAUUUUUUAUAGAAUUUGCUAGAUAUUUGACAAGUCAAGGCUACCAUCAAAAUCAAAUUACUAUACUUGUUACCUAUCGAGAUCAACUGUUAGAAUUUCAAAAGAUUCAAGAAAAUAGUUUUUUCUUGGAAGAUUUUAGAAUUGAAUGUGUAGAUGGCUACCAGGGUGAAGAAAAUGAUAUUGUUUUAUUGUCUUUAGUACGCAGCAACAUUGAUAAUAGUAUUGGGUUUUUACACAUUCAAAAUCGUGUUUGUGUUGCUUUAUCUAGAGCUAGAAACGGAUUAUACAUUAUGGGAAAUAUGGAUAAUCUUAUACAUUCAUCAAUAUGGAAAAAGAUAAGUCAAACACUAGUUGAUCAACAAGCUCUUGGCAAUAAAUUGACUUUAUAUUGUCAAAUUCAUAAGGAUUGGAUUAACACGGUCUGUGAUAGUAAGGAUUUUGCAAAAGCUCAGUGUUCAAAAGUAUGCAAUAUUAAAAUGGAUUGCGGUCAUCACUGUCCACAUUUUUGUCAUUAUAAUGAUCAAUCUCAUAAAACUUUGUAUCGUUGUAAAAAAAUUUAUAUAAAGACAUUACACUGUGGUUUCAAAAUCAAAAUAGAAUGCUGGAUGAGAUUUUUAAUUUUUGAAUGUCCUCAAUAAGGUACCUAUCUACAUUAAGAAAAUCUAAAAAUCCUUUAUCAUAUUGUACCAUUUUUUUUUUUAAAUAGUACUAUAAAAUUCAUCAUAGACAUAAUCACCGACAUAUUAAAGAUAUUAUAUUGAAACUAUUUUUCUGGAAUCUAUUGUUAACUUAUGAAAUAAAAUGUAUCCAAUAGCAAUUAUAUUCAACUAUACAUAU